GCACGGCCCGGCCGCCAGACCACGGCCGCCUAACGACCCGGAAACGCCUCCAGUGAAUUAAGGCAGUGACACCUGACUAUCCUCCACAUGCCCCCAGAACUGUGACGAGGCCCCACGCAGAAGACCGCCCCACUCUCGUCGCACUAGGGACCCCGAAAUCCGACCGCCCUUGUGAAGCCACUCGCCACAGUCCUACCUGAGGUGCGUUCAAGGGGGACUGCGCAUGCGCAACGGUUGGCGACGCUCCACCCCUUCCGUUGUCGGCUCCGCCCCCACAUUCGUAAUUACUAUUAAUUGUACUCUGACCGCGACCCGAACCUGACUGCCCUCUAUGUAUAAUAUUUUACGGAAUGUUCGCAAUAACACAUGCAACAGGUGCUGAGUGUAUCUCAUUUUACGGAGAAAGCAAGAGGCUUACACUGCCCACAAUCGCAGUUAGUAAAAUCGGAAUUCACAUUUAAACCCAGGAAACUGACUACGUGUAGCCUGUUCUGGGUCGUUUUUCUAACACCCUGAAACUUAAAGUGUGAUAGUCUCAGAGGACUACCAACAUAAGCAUCACCUGAAAACUUGUUAGAAAUGAAGAACUAGGCCGGGCGCGGUGGCUCACGCCUAUAAUCCCAGCACUUUGGGAGGCCUAGAUGGGAGGAUCACGACAUCAGGAGACCGAGACCAUCCUGGCUAACACGUGAAAAAUGCCAUGGCCUUGUUUCUCAUAGCAGGUAAAGAAGAACCAAAGAAUUCACUGGUACUAACAAUUAAACCUAUGCCCUCUGAGAUCUCAUUGGGAUUCCUUACCCCAUCACCAUGUGCACCUCAGAAACUUUCCAAGCGCUGGACACCUUCGAAGCCAGACAUGAUGACAUCGUGCUAGCAUCUUAUCCAAAGUGCGGUUCAAACUGGAUUCUCCACAUUGUCAGUGAAUUAAUAUAUGCUGUUUCUAAAAAAAAGUAUGAAUAUCCAGAAUUCCCAGUUCUUGAAUGUGGGGAUUCAGAAAAAUAUCAGAGAAUGAAAGGCUUUCCAUCACCAAGGAUUUUGGCAACUCACCUCCACUAUGACAAAUUACCUGGGUCUAUCUUCAAGAAUAAAGCCAAGAUAUUGGUGAUAUUUCGAAACCCUAAAGAUACGGCAGUAUCUUUUUUCCAUUUCCACAACGAUGUCCCCGAUAUUCCAAGCUAUGGCUCUUGGGAUGAAUUCUUCAGACAGCUCAUGAAAGGACAAGUUUCUUGGGGAAGCUAUUUUGAUUUUGCAAUCAAUUGGAACAAACAUCUUGAUGGCGACAAUGUUAAGUUCAUAUUAUAUGAAGACCUGAAAGAGAAUCUGGCUGCUGGAAUAAAACAGAUUGCUGAGUUCUUGGGAUUCUUUCUAACUGGGGAGCAAAUUCAAACUAUCUCAGCCCAGAGCACCUUCCAAGCAAUGCGUGCGAAGUCUCAGGACACACAUGGUGCUGUCGGCCCAUUCCUUUUCCGCAAAGGUGAAGUUGGUGAUUGGAAAAAUUUGUUCGGUGAAAUUCAGAACCAGGAAAUGGAUGAAAAAUUCAAAGAGUGCUUAGCAGGCACCUCCCUCGGAGCAAAGUUGAAGUAUGAAUCAUAUUGCCAGGGUUGAUUCCAGUCAAUUCAGCAGGCCUAGAUGUAUUUUCCUUAAUAAUAAUUAAGUGUAAAUAAUUAAAUGAUAAUUCAAUCAAAUAAUCAAAUAAUAAUUAAACAAUAUUGAAAUCUAAAUAAUACAAUACAAAAUAAUAAUACAAUUUAAUAAUAAUGAUAACAUCGGACAUUUUUGAGCACAAAUAUAAGUUUGUUCACUUUUUCAAGAAAGGAUAUUUCAGCAGUCCCAAAGGGACACUAUUAUUAAUACAUCACACUGGAGUUUUAACUUAUUUUGUGCUGUAGGUUCACGUAAGAGGGUAAGGAGAUACUAUCAGAGACAUACCUAAAGCUGUGUUUGGCCAUAGAUGACACAGGCCUCCAAAUGGUGCACAAUUUUCUGUACUUUCCUCGUAAUAUAACUCCUUUCUUACUAUGGAUAAAAGCACUUGGGGUGGCUAUCUCAGACUUAAUAUUGGGGGAGAGUUAAUUCCAACUCUGCAAUAAAUUCCAUUCUAAUUUGGUUC